ACAGGUGCUCUCACGGUUGGCCUUGUCAGGCAAUGUCAGACCAUACAUGGACGUGACAGGAUCUGUAUUCCUCCCCGGCUCCCACCGGAGUGGGUUACAACGCUGUUUUUCAUCAUAAUGGGAAUCAUAUCAUUGACUGUUACUUGUGGUUUGCUAGUUGCAUCCCAUUGGAGGAGAGAAGCUACAAAAUAUGCCCGAUGGAUUGCGUUUACUGGCAUGAUCCUUUUCUGUAUGGCAGCAUUAAUAUUCCCCAUAGGAUUUUACAUCAAUGAAGUUGGUGGACAACCUUACAAACUUCCCAACAACACCGUAGUUGGGUCCUCUUAUGUACUUUUUGUCUUAUCCAUUUUCUUUACUAUAGUGGGACUAUUAUUUGCAGGCAAAGUAUGUUUACCUGGCUGA